AUGGCGGACAUAAAUAAUGAAGCAAAAUCAGAGGAAAUAAAUCUUACGGUCACAGCUCCAAAAAUUGAAGAAGCAAAAAAUUUAACUCAGGAAAAAUCAGAAAAUGUUGAUUUAGGUCACAAAAACAAUGAUCCAUCUACAAAGCUUGAGGAGGAAGUUAUCAAGAAAAAGUAUGGAGGCUUAUUACCAAAAAGGCCUCCUCUAAUCUCCAAGGACAAUGAACGGGCUUUCUUUGAUUCAGCUGAUUGGGCUUUAGGAAAGGUUGGGGCACCAAAGAACAGAGGACCUCUGGAGGCACUUCGCCCUAAAUUAGAGCCCACAAGACAUGAACAAGUGCGCUCACGAUCAGCUUAUGCACCUACAGAUGAUGGCCAAGAUGUUUGCAUGAUUUCUGAUGAAAAUCAGAAUCGUAAAUCGGACGGCUACGAUGAAAUCAACAGCGACCGGUCCACAGAGAAUCAGUCGAUGAAUUCUCAAAAUUGA